CCACGUUGAGGACAACAGACGCUUGACGGUACCGAAUUUAAAAUCUUUUCGUAGCAAUUUUCGUCAAUGUUUCAACAGAAUACAAUUCGGGUUACGAAUGGUACAUUUUGGCACUGGCAUAGAAGUUAUACAUUGUCGAGAUCAUGGACUCAGUUAUCAAGGACAAGACUACUGCACGUACAACCACUUGCAUCAGGGACCAGUCAAUGGUCCUCUUCACAGUCAAGACACAGCAGUGGUCCGACUUUGCCGGUUGCUUUCAGGCAGUAUCAAAGAUAUGUACCUCUCGAUAAACAAUUCUCUACCACAACACACGUCUGCAGCGAUUCCAUUGGGAAGAUUCAUUCAACGCAUUACCACUUGGUUUACACAUGCAAGGUGUGCUCAACCAGGUCAACGAAGAGGAUAUCUAAGGUAGCCUAUCAUAAAGGUGUUGUCCUAGUGACCUGCCCAGGAUGUGAAAAACACCACAUUAUUGCUGACAACUUGGGUUGGUUCUCUGAUCUGAAGGGAAAGAGGAACAUUGAGGAAAUCCUUGCAGCGAAAGGGGAGAAAGUGAAGAGGGUAGAAGAAGAGGCGGCCUUCGAGAUUGUUAUAGAUGAGUCCGGCAAGGAUACAACACAGACUGCUCAAGAUGCAAAGAAACCUUCACCAGAGUCUGAUGACUCAGGGAAAUAAUGACUAACUCUCUGUGGGUGUGUGUGUGCGCGCAUACAUGCAUUUGUCGAUGGACUGAUCACAACAAGGACACCAUUCUCUAUGAGGGAGAAAUAGCUAUUACUAAGUAAAUGCAACACUUCUUUUGAUAUUUCUAUCUCCAUAUUGUUUUCAUAAGAUAUUGAUCAUUUCUUAUCACACUACUGCCAGAAUAUUCCUUGGGUUUACACCAAUCUUACUACUACUGCACUGAUCACAAUCAAACAGAAAAGGCUGAUGCUUGCAAUUCAUUUUUAUUGUAAAGUUGUAUGAUAUAAAGCAGGAAGAAUUAACAUCCAAAAGCCCAUUUAGGGCCAUGGCAAACUGCCUAUCAUAGACCC